AUUGCAUCUACAAUUUCGUUACAUACUGUAUGUAGAAGAAUAAGCUGCUCUUCGUAUUUCUGUAGAUGAUAAGUCUGAUACAGUAUCGUAAACGUAUUAAUGUAUAUGUAAGUAUCUAACAAUGCAGGUCUCUCAGCCUAUGCUCACCGAAUUUGACAAAACGAGUGUCAGUUGAUCAGGAAAUUAAUUAACAUGAAAUUUGGAAACGCUACUAUCAACCAAUUAUCGGGUUUGUCGUAGAUAUUUGCAUUCGAAGCGGAGAAAACGUGCAAUAAAACUGGAACGUGUAGAAUUUGUCGACUUUAGGGUAACUUUCCCCUCUUCGGUAAUCUCUCUGCCAAACCUAAGCAUGGGAGAUUAUGGCUUUUGCAAAUUUCAUAUUAAUUAAAUUUGCAAUAGAUUGACACAAUUUGAUAAAAAUCAGGGAGCAUACGCUGGAAGGCCUUCAUUGUUAGUUGUAGUCGUGCAACUAUUUAAUUGAAGGUUUGAUUUUCACAGGCGAUUAAACUCAACUCUUACCUUGCAGGGUAGGCUUAUUGCGUAAUUUCAAUGUCAUUAUCAUUGCAUUUACAUAUGUACAUACACAGAUAUGUACAUAGAUAUGUAUAUAUAUGUACAUAUGCACACUUCCUACUCCCAGGCAUAAUUAUCUAUGUACAUACAAUUCACUUAUUUAUAUUCAUUCCAGCUUACAAUAUUCAUCUCCAACAUAGCAUUAAGAUUAACUUAUAUAAUACAGACCUAACCUAACCUUGUUUUACCACUUUUUUAACGUCGAUACAUCCAUCUGAGAGAGUAUUCGCCAGGUCAACCAGUGCAUUAUUUACCUGGAAGCAACAUUACAAAAUCCAACAUUUGGAACUUUACGUAUUUGUAAAUAUUGUAAACUAUAGCAAAAAUGAAUUUAAAAAGUGUACUGUUUUCAGGUGUUUUAAUUUUAUUGUGUUUAUGCAAUUUAUCUAAUCAAGCAUCAUUAAGCGACAAUUUAACAUUAACAUACAAACAAAAACAAAUUCUGGACGAGUUUAGAACCUUGGUUAGCUCAAGACUACCACAUGAAUACAUGAAGAAAGACAUUUACUUGGUUCGAUGGCUUCGAGCUCGAAAUUUUAACAUCCACGACGCAGAACUAAUGCUAAUUAAUAACUUAGAAUGGAGGAAGGAAAACGGUAUAGACACGAUUUUAGACGAGGAUUGGAGUGACUUUGAAAAAGAUUUUCCGUUCGAUAUUCAAGGCUGCGAUAAGGAAGGGAGACCAGUAAUUACUGUCCCCGUCGGAGAUUGGGAUAUUAGAAAAGCCGUACUCGCAGGAAAACAAAAACGCACCAUGAGAUACUUUGACAAACUGUUCGAAGAAAUUACCACGUAUAUUCGAAUAUCACAGGAGAAAGGAGAAAACGUCAAACAAUAUGAUUUGAUUGUAGAAAUGUCCAACUAUAAUCUCAUUAAUCAGGGCUGCGCUAUGUGCAUUCCGAUCUAUCACCACUUUCUCCAAACGUAUGCUAAUUAUUACCCAGGCACUGGACAUUCUACUACGCUGGUUAAUGUGCCAAAUAUAUUCCUUACCCUGUGGGAAAUCCUUAUUCCCUUUCGCUCAAGUCGCGACGAAUUUCAUAUGUACGGAAAGAAUACGAUUGAGUGGCAAGCCGCCUUGCUCAAGUUUAUCGACAAGGCCCAACUGACCAAAGCGUUUGGUGGAGUUAGGAAUGAACCCUACACUUCCGACGAGUUGAAGGGCGACGGUGGUCACUUUAAAUGUCCAAAAUAUGUCAACAUGAGUUAUUUUUUUUGUAACUGACAAGAAAUAAAAGUGUCAAUAUUUACUUUACUAAAUAAAUAUAUAAGUAUAUUAA